UCUGCUUGUUAGCAUAAUUGGCCGACCCGAAAAGUCUCGGUUCCAUCGCUCUGUCUUAGACAGACCUGUGCAAUCAAUGGAUUUCUCGGAGAGGAAUGCUUCUCUCCUGAUUGUUUUCCUGCUCACCAUCUUAGUGCCGGAAAAGGCGCUGUGCAUUCGGUUCCCGGAUCGGAUCUCGAGCGCCGUCGCCGAACCGUCAGAUCAACCCCUUAAAACGGCGGUUUUCGCUCUUGGUAGCUUCUGGAGAUCCGAAGCUGUAUUCGGUUGCGUUCAUGGAGUUGUACGGACCACCGUCGGGUAUGCUGGUGGAUCCAAAUCCAAUCCGGAGUACAGAAGCUUAGGCGAACAUGCGGAGUCCGUACAGGUUGAAUACGAUCCAAGGCAAAUCAGUUUCAGGCAACUUUUAGAGGUUUUCUGGUCAGGUCAUGAUUCAAGACAGGUGUUUGGUCAAGGUCCUGAUGUUGGUAGUCAGUAUAGGUCCAUUAUUUUCACUAAUGGGUCCGAAGAGUCCAGAUUGGCUGCUACCAGCAAAGAAAGAGAGCAACUUAAAUCAAAGAGCAGCGUUGUGACUACUCAAAUUCAACAACUUGGAGCAUUUUACCGUGCAGAACCUGAACAUCAGAAAUUUGAACUCAAGAGGAGUCCAUUCCACCUACAGCUGAUUGGAAACUUGCCAGAAGAGGAACUCGAGAGAUCAACUCUUGCAGCAAAACUGAAUGGCUAUGCAGCAGAGCUCUGCCCACCUAGGAUUCAGAAGCAAAUUGAUGCAAAAAUCAAGGACAUUAUUAGAAAAGGUUGGCCAAUCUUGAGAGAGAUAUAGCUGACAUCUGGCAUGGAAACUUCACAUUCACGCACUCGGGUGAAUUCUUUUGUGGGAGUAUUAGUGUAUCUCGAACUGCUUAGAUGGAUAAAAUUACACUGUUAAAGUCUUUGGGACAUCUCUUUAGUAAUAAUACUUUGUCCAUAUAUGGCAUAGGCAUUUACAAUUUUGUGCA